AUGCAGGUUGAGCGCUACCGCCCAAAGACGUUGAGCGACAUUUUGUCUCACGAUGAUAUUAUCCAGACAAGCAAUUUUUUCUUUGAAUGCUCAGUUCGGCGGUAUGUCGACAAGGGUCAGCUGCCUCACCUUUUGUUUCACGGUCCUCCAGGAACUGGCAAAACGUCUACUAUUCUGGCCGUGGCUAGGCAGCUGUAUGGUUCGCAACAGGCAUCUCAUGUUCUUGAGCUGAAUGCCUCAGAUGACAGAGGGAUCGGGUCUGUGCGAGAACUGGUUAAAACGUUUGCAGAAACGACCUCCGCGUCUUUCUCUCUGUCUGGGACUGCGCCUUCUGGGCCUCCUAAACUGAAACUGAUCAUAUUAGAUGAAGCAGAUCAAAUGACAUCUGCAGCGCAGAAUGCGCUAAGAAGAAUCAUGGAAAGCUAUGCGCGCAACGUCCGUUUCUGCCUAAUUUGCAACUUCGUCAACAAAAUUACCCCUGCCAUUCAGUCAAGAUGCACCAGCAUGCGCUUUACUCCCCUCAAGCCCGAAGCGGUAGGUUUUGCGGUUGUAGCUUUGACUACGGGCAGAAAUUGCCCCUCGUCGUUUGGAUUGUAUGCGCUUCUUCUCGCCGUUGUGGCUUGCGGGAUUACAAGCAGAGGCUUGCGAUUCAAUUCCCGUCUGUUGUUUCAGCUGAGGCGAAAAGCAGAAGAGGCAGCGAAGCUGGAAUGCCUGUCAGUGACAGAAGAUGGUUAUGAGGCACUCCUGCAAAUCGCUGCUGGAGACAUGCGACGGCUCCUCAAUUGCAUGCAGGCAGCGAGCAUGGCUCACCCUGGGGAGCCAGUCGAUGCCGAGCUGGUACACCGCGUUUUGGGGAUACCCCAACCAAGUGAGGUAAAAGGCGUCAUGCAGAUUCUCUUGGAGAAGGAUCUUCGGACUUGUUCUUCAGAGUUCUAUGGACUGGUUACAAGGCGAGGCUACUCGGUCAGAGACUGGGUUGGAGCCCUCCACUGCGAGAUGCGAAAUAUGAAGCUACCUGUGCCUGUGGCGUUGACUCUCGUGACACGCCUCGCGGAUAUUGAGGAGAGACUGGCGUUGGGCUCAGGUGAAUUCGUGCAGCUGCACGCCAUCAUCGCAGCUUUCUUUGAGGCCCGACAUGCUUUGCAUGCCCCAAAGAGCCCGCCUGCUGUGGUGGCAAGCUAG